UAAAUUUUUAAAUGUAACGAUAUAACGUUAAUUUAAUUUAAAUAUACUUAUUAAUUAAUAGGCGACAACACAUUUAUUUAUUAGUAAUAAAUGGGGUAGUAUCGUACAGUGUUAUGGUUUAACAAAAGGUCCAGAUAAUAAAUUUAUGCUCGUCAUGAAUUAUAUGGAUGUAGAUUUAAGAAGAUAUUUACGACAAAAUCGAAAUCAAAUUAAUUGGAAAACGAAAAUUCAAAUUAUUUUUGAAAUAGUUAAAGCACUUUGUAGAAUUCAUGAAGAAAAUUCAGUUCAUAGAGAUUUACAUUCUGGGAAUAUAUUAUAUUCAAAAGAAAGGAAUGAUUGGUAUAUUAGUGAUCUUGGAUUUUGUGGACCAACUCAUAAACCAUUAAAGAGCGUAUAUGGAAAUCUUCCUUAUAUAGCUCCAGAAGUAAUUUUUAAAAAUAAAUAUACUUUUAAAUCAGAUAUUUAUUCAGUUGCAAUACUUAUGUGGGAAGUUUUAUCAGAACAACCGCCAUUUUCUAAUAUUAAACAUGGAUAUGAUCUUGCGUUUAAUGUCGUUAAUGGGAUGAGACCAAAAAUAUUACCGGGAACCCCUUCAAUAGUUAAAAAGUUAAUGGAAGAAUGUUGGGAUGCAAAUCCAGAAAAAAGACCUGAUAUUCAUACACUUUGGGAAAGGGUUGAAAAUAUUAAUAAAUCAAUUCAUGAAAAUAGUGAUCAUUGGGAAACUCUUCAUAUCGAUAAAAAAUCUUUUUCUGGAAAUGAAAUGGUUUUUAGCAAUAGUAAACUUUAUACAUUUCAUGAUGUACCUCAACCAAAAAAUGCCACAGAAGGAUGCUUAUUAUACUUCCCAAUUCAAUUUGCAUAUUUCGGAUUUUCCAGAUGAUAUUUAAAUUGAAAAUAAUUAAGAGGUAUAAUAUUUUUGGACGUACAUAUAUAUAUAUGUGUGUUUUUUAUUUUGAAUUAUUUAAACACUUAAAAGAUUUAAGGUAAUAAUAUCGAUACAAAAAAAUAUUCGAUAUAUUUUUGCAUGAUAUAUUCUAAGUUUGUAAUUUAAAUAAUUCGUUUAUUUUUUUAAAAAAAAAUUAUUUUAUAAAAAUUAUUAUAUUGUAAAAUGAUUGUUAUUAAAAAUUUUAUACUUGUAUAUAUAAAAAUAUUUUUGUAAUUUGAAAAAAAUCUGAUCGCAAAUGGACGGUCUCCGAAAAUUUUGGAGCAAAACUAUCUAAAAUUAUAUGUAAUGACUGUAUGUGUAUUUUUAAGUUUAUUUCCAGAUAAAAUAAAAUUUAAAGUGUCGUCUACGACUUUUUACAUGCUGCUAUUAUGAUAUAUUUUUUAAAAAAC